AUGACACCGGCCGAGUUAUUGUUAAGCUUGAUAAGAGGCCCAAAGGUGUAUGCAUAUAUUCGUCGUCAUGAUACAAUUUUUCCGAGUAAUUCAUUGGAAUAUGUAAGUGAAACGAUGCUAACAGUUAUGAAUGGGUGUCGUGCAGUGUGCACAGUGGUUUCACCAUUUCUUUUUCUGAUCGCUUAUAAUCGUUCGUUGUUAAGUGGGACAAAUUUUAUGAUGUUGGCAAAAUUGACAAUGUCAUAUUAUAUAAUAGCUAUUGGUAUGAGAACUGCUGGCAGAAUAUUCAAUCCAGAAUAUCGCCGAUUUGCUGAUACAUUAUUUGAAGCUCACUUACAUGAUCGAAAUGCGAAAGAACUAUUGCUAAAAUAUGAUUAUGAGUUAUUUGCGGCACCAAUUGAUUUUCAAGCUCGUAGAGAGCCAAGAAAAUAUUUCGAAACGCCAAGGAGAUUUACAACUGCUGGAAAUAUGUUAUACACUACGUUGCGGAAUUGUCUAUCUUACAAUAUUGCUUACAGUUUUGCACGUGUGCUUGUUUAUCCUGGUUCAGCAGCAUUAUUGAAUAAACUGAUUCAAUCAUUUCUAGUCGAGAAUCGACGGAAACUUGUGGUGGAAAAGGGUGCUAUGCGUGGAGUUUUAAUGACAAGAGAAGGUAAUAAAGUGGAUACCAUGUUUGUUGAUCGUCGAGAACAAGGAGGAAAUGGCGAUAUUCUUGUUAUAACCUGUGAGGGAAAUGCUGGAUUUUACGAAACUGGCAUUAUGCCAACGCCACUUACGUUGAACUAUUCGGUGCUUGGAUGGAAUCAACCUGGAUUUGGUGAAAGUAGUGGUAUGCCAACACCAAAACAAACGGCUGCAUCAAUUGAUGCCGUUAUUCAAUAUGCAAUACAUAAAUUAGGUUUUGCGGAAGAUCAAAUUGUCAUUUAUGCGUGGUCAAUUGGUGGGUUUCCGGCAACAUGGGCUGCUGCUAAUUAUCCAAAUAUCAAAGCUUUGAUACUAGAUGCAACGUUUGAUGAUCUUUUGCCUCUUGCUGAGGCUAAAAUGCCGAGAUCAUGGGGUCCACUAGUUGAAUUCAUUGUUCGCACGUACUUCGAUAUGCCGAUCGCUUUGCAGCUGGCAUCAUAUCCUGGACCUGUAACUUUAAUCAGGCGCACCCAGGAUGAAAUGAUCAUAACAGCAGAGGGCACAGACGAAGAACGUCUUGCUACAAAUCGCGCCAACAAUCUAUUGAAAUCACUUCUUCGCUCACGAUAUCCUGAUCUAAUAAAUGAUGAUGCAGAACUAGCAGUGGACAUUUGGUUAGCAGCAGGUCCGUUCGAACGCAUAUCGAUGGCUAAGGAUUGCCCAACCAUAUUAACAGUGGAUAACGUCGAAAAUUUAACCCAACAAAACCGUAACACCUUAAUAUAUUGUUUGUGCUCAAAGUAUCUGACAGAUUUUGAUUCCAGUCACAACACUCCACUUGACGUAUCUUUAUUCACUAUGCCGUCAAAAUAG